AUGGCUGCGCAAUCCAAUCUCCGGAGAACGGCGGCGGAGAAUGCGGUCGCCGCCUUCACCGAGAAAUGGUCGGCCAUCGUGCGUGGUAGGUUGCGCAAAACCUCGCGGACGACGCGCCUCCUUGCAACACUCUCCUUGGCCGUCGCCAUCGUUCUGGGGGCCGAGGGUACGCGGCGCCGAUGGAGGAGGCAGCACCACGAACGCGAGCAGGGCAGCAAGCUUGUCCGGACAAACUCAUGGCUUCAUAACAAAGACGGGUCGCGGACUAUAUACGUACCGUACAAGGAGGGCACGACCAAGGUGACCAUCAACACCACCAAGCCCCUCACCUUUGAGGCCCAUCGCCGCCUCUUCCUCAACCCGCCGCGCGUCUCUGGCCUGGCCGACGGAACGGUCCCCUCCGCUCAGACCAAGCCUGGCUUGAACUUGGCUUUCUUGCACCAAUUCCUCAGCCUCAUGAGCAUCAUGAUUCCUCGCUGGUCGAGCAAGGAGGCCGGCCUGCUCCUCAGCCACGGCAUUUUCCUCAUGCUUAGGACCUACCUUUCGCUCGUCGUUGCGCGACUGGACGGCGAGCUCGUCAGAGACCUUGUCGCCGGCAAUGGAAAGGCCUUUCUCUGGGGUAUCCUCAAGUGGUGUGGCCUGGGCGGCUUCGCAUCCUACACAAACGCCAUGAUCAAGUACCUUGAAUCGAAGGUUUCCAUUGCCUUCCGCACCCGCUUGACGAGGUACAUCCAUGAUCUGUACUUGAAUGACAACCUGAACUACUACAAGCUAUCCAACCUCGACGGCGGCGUCGGCCAAGGGGCCGACCAGUUCAUCACGCAAGACUUGACCCUCUUCUGUGCCGCUGCUGCAAAUCUAUACUCAUCCUUGGGUAAGCCGUUUGUGGAUCUCUGCGUUUUCAGCUUCCAGCUCUACCGCUCGCUCGGCCCCUUGGCCCUUUCAGGAUUGAUGAGCAACUACUUCCUGACGGCAAGCAUCCUGCGCCGGCUAUCGCCACCGUUUGGCAAGCUCAAGGCAGUCGAGGGCCGCAAAGAGGGCGACUUCCGCAGCCUCCACGCCCGGCUGCUGGCGAACGCCGAGGAAGUGGCGUUCUAUGGCGGUGCCGACAUGGAGAAGACGUUUCUCAACAAGGAGUACAAGUCACUGAAGACGUGGAUGGAAGGAAUCUACAUGCUCAAGAUCCGGUACAACAUCCUGGAGGACUUCAUCCUCAAGUACAGCUGGAGUGCGUAUGGUUACCUGCUGGCAUCGCUACCGGUCUUCCUGCCCGCCUGGGGUGGCAUCGGCGGAGCCUCCGAGAUGGUGGAGAGCGCCGAGAAGGGCGGCCGAGAACGCAACCGGAUGAAAGACUUCAUCACCAACAAAAGGCUCAUGCUUUCGCUUGCCGAUGCGGGCGGUCGCAUGAUGUACUCGAUCAAGGAUCUGGCCGAGCUCGCGGGGUACACGAGCAGAGUGUACACCCUCGUCUCCACUCUGCACCGUGUCCAUGCCGGUGCGUACUACAUGCGAGGCGGUCAGACCGAGCUCUUCUCCCUUUCCGAUGUCCAGGGAACAAUUCAGAAGGGCUUCGAUGGCGUGCGGUUCGAAAACGUGCCUGUCGCCGCCCCGGGACUCUGGCCACAGGGUGGAGAGGAGCUUGUGGAGUCGCUGUCCAUGAUUGUUCGGAGUGGCGAGCAUCUCUUGGUUUCCGGGCCCAACGGCGUUGGGAAAAGCGCGAUCGCGCGCAUCCUCGCCGGCCUUUGGCCUGUGUACCGAGGGUUGGUCAGUCGGCCCAAGAGCAUUGGCCAAGACGGCAUCAUGUUUCUGCCGCAGAGGCCGUAUCUCAGUCCUGGAACGUUGCGCGACCAGGUCAUCUACCCCGAUGGGCAUGUUGACAUGAAGGAAAAGCGAAAGUCGGAGGAUGACUUGCAGAGGAUCCUUGACGAAGCAAAGCUGGGCUACCUGCCUGACCGCGAAGGUGGAUGGGACACGCGAAAGGAGUGGAAGGACGUGCUGAGCGGGGGGGAGAAGCAGAGGAUGCAGUUUGCCAGGCUCCUAUAUCACGAGCCGCAGUAUGCCGUGGUGGACGAGGGCACGAGCGCUGUGUCGAGCGACGUUGAGGGGCUUCUAUAUGAAACGUGCAAAGGCAAAGGAAUCACGCUCAUCACGAUUUCAACGCGAGCAUCACUCAAGAAGUACCACACCUUUAACCUGGUGCUUGGCUUGGGAGAGAAGGGUGACCAGUGGGAAUUCGAACGGAUAGGGACAGAGCGAGAGAAGAUGCAGGUAGAGAAAGAGCUGCAGGAGCUCCGUGAGCGGCUUGCCCAGGUGGAUGAGUGGAAGACGCGGCGAGACGAAAUCGAACAAGAACUGGCCUCAGUUUGGACGGACAAGGGCGAGGCGUUGAGCGCACCCAGUUAUAUAGGGGCAUCUGAGCAUUCCUUGGAAGCUCCGUAG